GCGAGGGCCUGUGACGUCGGCCGCUCCCCUGCGCUCCCUCUAGCAGCCAGUCAGAGAAGGGAUGCUCUGAACGCAAGACUGCAGCAUCUUCACCGAGAGAACGAGCAGGAAAAACCCCGUCUCUUUCUCUGUGUUCCUCCAACUCCGCGAGUCCGGACCCUCUUCACCCACCCCGUCACCCCUGGGUGUAUUCAUGAUCGGAGCCAGAACCGGAUAAGAGCAAAGAAAUUGUAUCUAAUAAUAGCCUACAAAUAACGCAUCGGAUUUCUUUUUUUUUAUUAUUGCUUCAACGACCCUUUUUCUUCGGUUGAUAUCGCCUCUUUGUCCUUCGGUAUUGCUGUUUUAUUUGGUUUAUUUGUUGUUCCGGUUCGCUGGCUGUUGCGGAGGAGCGCCACCAUCCUGCCAUCCUGACAUGAGCACGCUCUUUUAUCUGGUUGCAGCGGAAUGACACACAUAUCCUAGCUCCCAUAUCAAAAGGUUGAUGGAAUAUUGACGUUCCGUUUGCACGUGUUCAGUAUAGCCUAGACCAAUCUCCAUCUGCAGAGGUUUCGGAUUUUUUUUCCGCUCUCCGACUCGCUCAUCCGCCGCUCCAGUGUUUCUUUCUCUCUGUCCCUGCGCAGCAUCUCUGUACGCACGGCGCACUACGGAGGAACGCGCAGCUAUCCGUCUCCGUCCGUAAGAAACAGGCGUAUUUUUCUAAUUCCCAAAUCGCUAUUCGUCUUCUCCAAGGACUCAUCUGUGCGACUAAGCUGCGUGAAAGAAAAACAAAACAACAGAAAGACGGGAAAAGGGGGGAUUUUAAACGCAAACGCAGCCCAAGCAUCCAAGAGCAAGCUCGAAAAUGAUGGCCGGCGGAGCAGUACAGCAAAACGGGAUUUUUUCAAAUCCUCACCAUCAUAAUCAACAACCACACAUGGAGUCCGACCCCCCGGACUCACGUAAAAGACCCCUGGAGACCCCGACGGAGGCCAGCAGCACCAAACGCACAAACACAGGAGUGGCCUUCCUGCAGCCCCUAUUUGAAACUGAAGGCAUUGUAUUCCCUCACCAAGAAACUGAGACUCAUGAGGAAGGCGAGUACUUCCUGAAGGUUUUGAUUCCCAGCUAUGCGGCGGGUUCUAUCAUUGGCAAAGGAGGUCAGACCAUCGUCCAGCUGCAGAAAGAGACUGGAGCCACCAUCAAACUGUCCAAAUCCAAAGACUUCUAUCCCGGGACGACAGAGCGGGUGUGUCUGAUCCAGGGGACAGUGGAGGCGCUGAACGGAGUCCAUGACUUCAUCGCUGAGAAGGUGAGGGAGAUGCCUCAGAGCACCCAGAAGACAGAGCCAGUCAGCAUCCUGCAGCCACAGACCACCGUCAACCCCGACCGAAUCAAACAGGCCAAGCUGAUCGUCCCCAACAGCACGGCAGGGCUGAUCAUCGGUAAAGGUGGAGCCACAGUUAAGGCGGUGAUGGAGCAGUCCGGGGCGUGGGUCCAGCUAUCCCAAAAGCCCGAGGGCAUCAACCUGCAGGAACGCGUUGUCACCAUCAGCGGGGAGCCAGAGCAGAACCGCAAGGCCGUGGAGAUCAUAGUCCAGAAGAUCCAGGAGGAUCCUCAGAGCUCUUCCUGCCUCAACAUCUCCUACUCCAACAUCACAGGACCCGUCGCCAACUCCAACCCCACUGGCUCCCCAUACGCCAACUCCACCGAGGUAAUGCCGUCCGCGGCAGCUGCCGCAGCAGCCACGGCUUCUUCUCUGCUCGGCCAGGCCAGCUUGGCUGGAGUUGGGGCCUUCCCAACCACUAUGUCCAGCCUCUCAGGCAACGACUUGCUGGCCAUCACCUCCGCCCUCAACACCCUGGCCAGCUACGGCUACAACACCAACUCCCUGGGCCUGGGGCUGAAUCCCGCUGCAGCCUCAGGGGUGUUAGCAGCUGUGGCAGCUAACGCUAACCCGGCAGCAGCCGCGGCAGCUAAUUUGUUAGCAUCUUACGCCAGUGAUGCAUCCACCAGCGCAGGUCACCCAGCAGCAGGUCUCGGAGGCUUCUCCUUGGGAUCCCUGGCUGCCGCUACAGGGGCCACCAAUGGCUACUUAAGCGCCGCAUCGCCCCUGGUGGCGUCAUCUCUACUGGCCACGGAGAAGCUAGCAGAAGGAGCAAAGGAAGUGGUUGAGAUUGCCGUGCCAGAAAACCUGGUGGGAGCCAUCUUAGGGAAAGGUGGGAAGACGCUAGUGGAGUACCAGGAGCUGACCGGCGCCAGGAUCCAGAUCUCCAAGAAAGGCGAGUUCAUCCCUGGAACUCGGAACAGGAAGGUGACCAUCACAGGUUCCCAGGCCGCCACACAGGCUGCACAGUACCUGAUCAGCCAGCGAAUCACCUACGAGCAGGGGGUACGUGCCACCAACCCACAGAAGGUGGGCUAAACCUGACAGCCAAUGAGAAACGAGGAGGAAAAGUGGAAAAAAAAGAGUGGGGGUUUGGGGGAGGAGUAUAAAAAGUGAGAGUGAGAAUGGAAGGAGAGGAGAGCAAGAAUGUCAGAAGGAAUCGUCCGCGCCGUUUUCUUCUGCGUGUAUUCAGUAUUCUCUAUUA